CUGCUCUCUCUUGGUGGUGGUGGAGGCUGACUGACGGACGAAAGACAGCCUAUCAGCAGAAGAAGAAAAAAACAUGUGGAAAAUGCACAUAUAUAGAGGGAAGUAAACCCAGUAAACUUCCUUGGCAGAUAAGUUUUUCACUCUUCUUAUCAGGACGGGGUGUUUUGCUUCUUAUAUCGGUUCGCCUGAGAGCGAAUGGACAGAGCGGUGAAGGAGCAGGACAGCCUCACCACCAGCGGUAGACCUCCACCGUCCACACGGCCGUCUACAUUGUGUCUGUGUCCGUCCGUCAACCAUUGGGGGUGGAAGAGGAUUCACCAGAUAAGCGGACAGGAAUACCAUGCCGACGAGUGAUUGCCCAGGCCGCAUCCCCACAUUUGUGGCUCCAUCUCACAGCAACCAUCAGAGGUGUCCAGGUUACAUUCCCGGUCGGGUGGCUCCAGUCCGCUCGCCUCCACCUGCCAAAGCUCCACCACCUCCGCCAUUGAAGCCACAUGGCCUGCGACUGGAGCAACGAACUACGCCCAGCCUGUCGGUGGAAAGUCAGCGCAGGGGUCCUUCUCUGAACGUAUGGCAAAGGAAAAACACUCUUAUCUUCUGUGGACUCUCGCUGGGGGCUUUCGUUUUUACACUUAUACUUGCCCUCAGUCUCGCGAGUGGAGACAAAUUAGAUGAAAACUGUCCAGACCACCACUUAUCCUUGAGCAAGUGGAAUCCAGGUCACCAACCAAACAAGGAUAUUCUUAUCCGUAGGGGGGAUUUGUAUAGACUGGAAUCUUCCGUCACCUGUCGUUCACUUACCAUCCAAUCAGGAGGUCGUGUAGUGUUUGCUGACAAUGUAGAUGGAACCAGAAACAUAACAUUGAGAACACAUUACAUCCUCAUAGAAGAUGGCGGUGCCCUUUAUAUCGGUUCACCCAAAUGCCGCUACCAGUCCCGUGCCACCAUCGCCCUCUUGGGUCGUUCGGACAACAAAGCUGUCCCCGAAGUCCCUGUCAUGGGACGCAAGUUCAUCGGUGUCAUGGGCGGCGGAACUCUAGAGCUGCAUGGCACAGAACGUGUUUCCUGGUCUCUGCUGACCCGAAGCAUCCCCGCGUCCGGGCUUUCCACCGGAGGCUAUGCCUUCCAGAAAAACUUCAGCCGAGGGAUCAACUUCCGGGUGUUCGACCAGGACACAUCUGCUUUGAUCUACGCCGAGCGCUUUGACACCCACAACUCCCGGAACGACAGUCGGAAACUCACUCAGCUGCUCCGCUCCCUGCCGGCAGGUCGCAUAGUCGCGCUGGCUGUUGGGGACUCUGCGGUCAAGGGGUUGCUGGAAGAAACCAAGAAAGCCUUUAAAGAGGUGCUUGGCAGCCAAUUUGCCGACGAUCUUAAAUACAGGCAGGCGUGGGCCUUGGUUUCUGUGGUCGGAGGUGGCAACGAGUCAUGCUCAGAGGAUGUGAAGGAACACGAAAACCUCAACACAGGUGGAAGAGCUCUUGCAACGCUCAAUUUCACCACUGUAGAAGGAGUGGAUUUCUCUGUGUCGGCCUACAGCGAGUGGAAGAAUGGCUACCCGAUUAUGGGGUUCCUGGUAGACUCUGCAGACCAGGUGGUCUUAAACCUCCAAGAUGAAGUCCAGCCAACCUGGAAACCAGGCGACAACAUAGUGGUUGCCAGUACAGACUACUCCAUGCACCAAGCUGAAGAGUUCACCCUGUUACCCUGCCCUCAGUGUACCAGAAGGCAGGUCAGGAUACAAGGGAAGCCUCGGUUCAACCAUGUGGGUGAGAUCAUCGAUGGAGUUGACAUGCGGGCUGAAGUGGCUCUGCUCUCUAGAAACAUUCUCAUCUAUGGAGAAAUGGAAAACUCUUGCUAUGGGGACAACCUGUGCGAGUUCUUUAACCGUGACACCUUUGGUGGCCACAUCAAGAUCCUCCGUAACUUCUCAUCAGUGCAUCUGUCCCAUGUGGAGUUAAAGAACAUGGGCCAGCAAGCAGUAAUGGGUAGCUACCCGCUUCACUUUCACAUGUGUGGGGACGUGGACCAAAGGGGGGGCUACAAGGAGCCAACAUACGUGGAUGGACUUUCCAUCCACCACUCCUUCUCCCGCUGCCUCACCAUCCAUAGUACCAAUGGGCUGCUGGUGAAGGACACCGUAGGGUAUGACACGCUGGGCCACUGUUUUUUCCUGGAGGAUGGGAUUGAACAGCGAAACACUUUAUACCACAACCUUGGCCUCUUGACUCAGCCUGGGACUCUGCUGCCAACAGACCGCAACGACACUCUGUGCACCAGCAUGAGGGACAGAGUUUACAAGGGCUACACUCCCUCACCAAGUACAGAGUGCAAGGCAGUCUCAACAUUCUGGAUCGCCAACCCCAACAACAACCUCAUCAGCAAUGCAGCUGCUGGCUCUCAGGAUGCUGGAAUAUGGUAUGUGUUCCACAGCUCUUCCACCGGAGACUCUCAUGGGCUGGUACCAGAGACCAAGGCAGAGCUUACUCCUCUUGGAAUCUUUUACAACAACCGUGUGCACUCCAACUUUAAGGCAGGAUUGUUCAUUGAUAAAGGAGUGAAGACUACCAACGCCAGCGCUGCUGAUCCCCGGGAAUACCUUUGUUUAGACAACAACGCAAGAUUCCGACCCCACCACAAUGCUGACCCCAGUCAACCUCGUGUGGCAGCGAUCAUCGAUACUCUCAUUUCCUUCAAGAACAAUGACUUGGGAGCGUGGAUACGAGGCGGAGACAUCAUCAUCCAGAACUCUGGCUUUGCAGACAACGGAGUGGGUCUGUCUUUUGCCAGUGAUGGCAGCUACCCUAAGGACGAAGGCUCCAGCCAGGAGGUGACACAGUCUCUGUUUGUUGGAGAGAGCCGGAACAGAGGAACCAAUGGAGGGCAGAAUAAAUACUGGGGGAUAGGAGGGAUUGACGGAGAGUCGCGGACACUGCCAAGAAACAAGACGUUCCCAAUCCGAGGUUUCCAGAUAUACGACGGUCCAGUGCGUCUCACACAGAGCACGUUUCGGGCGUUCAUCCCCACACCGGAGCGUUACACCAGUGCGGUGGGCUUCAACUUGAAGAACACGUGGCAACUGACCCCACGAAACAACCUGUCCCAGCUCAGCUUCCACCCCUCUGUAGCUCUUCGAGCCUUCUUUGGCCGUCCUGGACAGUGGUUUGAGGAAAACGACAACGAUGGGGACAAAAACUCAAUCUUUCAUGACGUGGACGGGUCAGUCACGGGUUAUAAAGAUGCCUACGUCGGCCGAGCAGAUAAUUACCUAAUCCAGCAUCCCAACUGUGUGAAAAUAUCCCGUUGGAAUGGAGUGAUCUGCAGCGGACGCUACUCUCAGGUGUACAUUCAAACAUCGGGAGCCUCUAGCUUGAGUUUGUCCAUCAACAGAGAUGAAUACCCUGACGCACCUCUGGUACUGAGGGGGAUUAACAACCAGGGGGCGUCGUCUCAGCAGUAUCAGCCAAUCCUGAUGAUGGGCAAGAGCUACACUCUGCACUGGAACGGACCUGCGCCCAGAGAGGUUGUCCUCUCACUCAUCAAUUUUGAUAAAGAAGACCGGAUUCUGGUUGGUCUCUGUUACCCAUCAGACACCACGUUUCAGAUCAUGAGCGACAUCAACGACAGACAAAAACUUACAUUUGUAGACAUGACUGAUUACGGCCCCGUGUCUUCGCUGGCCCAGCUGGAGGCGAAGCCAACAGAAAGGAAGUACUUCUUUGACCAACCUGCUGGCUUGCUGUGGCUCUACCUCCAAGCCCGACAUGGACGGGACGGCCACAGCUACUGUUCAACAAAAGGCUGUGAAAGAGUAAAAGUCACAGCCACUACAUCGUCCAAACAGACCUGCAACUGUACAUCUAAGGCCUACCCCAAGUACUCAAAGGCGCCAUCGGCGGUGGUGCCUCUGCCUGCUCCAAGCACGACGCCUUGCAAAGACUGCGGCGCAAAGGAGAUUGUGUUUUCCAGUGAGCCAUGGAUGCCUUACCUUCACACACAAGUGAAGUCUUUAAGCGGCAAAGAAGAAAAAAAGGGAGAUAACGCCACCUUUAUCACUGUGAAUGAGGUCAUCAUACCUUUUACUCAGUCUGGAUUUUUCCUGGUCUCGGUGGAUGGGUGUUCUGGAAAAGUUACCAAGAAAGCCUCAUUCAUAAAGGUGGACAGCAAGAUGAAACAGUAUCUAAACACAGGAAUCCCAAAGCGAUCAGUAGUACUGAUGGCAACAAGAGGUCAGCCUGAAGGUCUGGUUGAUCUGGCUCCACAUUUGGUCUCUUUUGGCUUUGCCAAAGCUGCUGACCUGCAUAGUAAAGAAAGUUUAGCAAUGUGGGGAUUUCUGGGAGCUUCGUCGCCUCCUCCAUGGAUUUCACUACAAACUGGGCAGGACGGCAGCGUGUUGGGGCUUCUGGAGCGCUACUUACCCUUGGGUUUGGAGACUUAUGGGUGUGUGCCGCCUGCAACUCAAAAACGCAAAGACCUGGAGCUUCUCAAAAAAGCUACAGGGCAGCAAUAACCAAUGUGAACUGUACAACUUACCAAGCCCAAAAGAAAAAAAACUAAUUCUUGCACACAAACACACAGCCAGUUGCUGAAUGUGAACUGCUGAACUCUUAAUUUAUUAACAGUGGCAAGUAUGUUUACCUAUAUGGAGUGGGAAUAAGGAGUGAUAAUAUGAAUGGGGUAAAUAUUUUUUUAGUGAUGUAUACUUGGAUGUGUGUUUGUGUUGGCCUCCCUUAGGGCCUUUUUAAAAGUCAAUGCACUUUUGCUUUAUAAAUCUAUCAGUCAGAGCUUUAAUUAAGUAACUCUCUUGGUUAUCUUGUACCACAGUAAACAUAGAAAUGAGUCAAUUGUUGCCAAUAAUUAUAUUGAAAGCGAUAUUGGCAGGAAGUAAAUGAAAACGGAAUACAAACAACAUAGUGGAUUAGGUACACAGGCCGAAAGCAAAAUCUGUAAAUAAAUUGGGUUGUACCGGAAAUUUGACUUUAAUUAAAACUGGAAAUGUCUGAGAGUUACAAUGUUAGGCCAGGUUAGAACCUAUAGUGUAGGAAAUCAGAGUCAGUGGGUUAGUGAUCCUAGCGUAUAGAAAACCAUGGAAAAUAAUGAUACUAUUCGCAUUUGUUAUUAGUUCAAAGCAACUCAAUAAUGUGCAGCAAGAAUGAAUCAGGCUGUGUUUCUACCUGAACCUUAACUGGAAAACCUCUUCUGAUCGUUGUGCAGCUGGAAGACUUUAGAUUUUGAGCACCUUUGUUUGGAUUCCUACGUGGAUUUACUGGAGCGUCUUUCAUUUUUUAUUUAUCUUUUCUCAAUUAUGGUCUCUGAAGGACUUUGCCUUAUUUGCAGCACAAAAAGAGAUUACUUUUCUUCAUUGUUUUCUGAACAUAACUGAAUGUGUUACCUGUUGUCUGCCUCAUUCAUUACCUUUUGUUGUGCAUUAUUACCAGGAUGGUGACAUUUCAUUAAAAUGUGUGCCAUACUGAGCAGUUGUAGUGAGCAGAAAAUGCAUACAAAUCUUGUACCUGCUGAGAGUUAUAUACAGUUGUACUUUUGGACGACGUAUUCUUUAUCGUGUGUAUGGAUGUGAGCAGGGCUCCCCCACUGAGCGUCGAGAAGUAUUUGUUCAUGACUGAUUGUGAGACAGUCGUAGUACAACAAUAACCUUGUUGCCUUUUAACCACUGUACUGUUAAAGAGCAGAAAAAUGGGAGAUAUUUCUAUUACUCAGCUUUUGUUCAGCUGAUACUUUUAAGGUGCACAAACCAGAUAUUUUCAUUCUUUCUAAGUAAAGAAACUGUAAAUAUGAUUAUGUACUUUUACUGUAGAAUUUAUAGUCAGUAUUGUAUUGGCUGUCCUUUUGCUUUUUUGUCUCUUGAUGAGUUAUUGUAAGUUUAAAAAAAAUAUUUUGACAUAAAAAAACAUCUGCUUUUGUUAUAAAAUUCAGUCAGUUGAAUAAACAUUUGCAAUUUUUA